AUGGUGUUGCGCUUUUUAAUCCGACUGCUCGCCAACAACGAACAACUAGUGCAAAAACUGAGUGAGUCGUACCCCAUGAGAAAGGCGGCCCAGAUUCUAGUGCGUGCGGCGUUCCAAAGCAAGAACUUGAUAGAAGAGAAGGGUUUGAACAAAAUGUUGACCCCCGAAGAGUUCAGAGAAACCAUGAAGAAAGUGGCGCGGAAUUUCCAAAACCAGAUAAAGCAAGCGAGCGACGAGUUCAGACAAAAGAAGUAACACCAUGGCUAGUUCUGUAGUUUUUAUUGGUUCUCCUGAAAAAAGUCCGAAAAAUUUUAAACACAUA